CCCCACCCAUCUUUUAUGCCUUGCCUAGUUCUUCUCUCUAGCUAGCUAGCUAUAGCUAGAUCUCCCUCUGGCUAGAUCUAGUAGCAGCUCACAAAUUCAUGAUGUUGAGUCUGCUUUGCUGGCUGUCUCUGCUCCUGUCUGCUGCUCUAACUUAUAUAUUUUGGAGCAACCUUCCCAGGGCAGUCUGGCAGUAUUACAGACAGUGCAAGUAUUUGAAGAAAUUCCCGUCAUGGCCAGCUCAUUGGCUCUGGGGACACCUUCACCUAGUUAAACCGAAUGAGGAAACGAUUAUGAGGUAUAUGGACUUCAUGAAAGAAAAGAAACCAAAAAUGACAUGUUUUUGGGUCGGACCCUUCUUUGCUUCCGUUGGAGUACACCAUCCGAACUACCUAAAGAUUCUCCUAAAGGAAGAAAAAAGCAGACCGAUAUAUAGAUUGUUUCUGCCUUGGCUUGGAGAGGGUUUACUGAUAGCAGAAGGCCAAAGAUGGGCCCGGAAUAGACGUCUUCUCACCCCAGCCUUCCAUUUUGAAAUACUGAAGGGUUACGUUCCUGUUUACAAUAGUUGUGUUGAAGUAUUUCUAGAAAAGUGGAGAGUAAAAGCACAAGAAGGAAUUCCUGUUAAAAUUUUUGACACUGUCAGCCUGUUGUCAUUGGAUAUAAUCUCUCAAUGUGCAUUCAGUUAUAAGAGUGAUUGUCAAAAUGCAAAGUUCAAGCAUCCAUACGUGAAAGCUGUAUACGAUCUGUCAUUUCUAGUCACUGAUCGAUUCUUGAAUCCGCUACACCACAUUGACUGGCUCUAUGCCCUUACUUCUUCUGGACAGAAAAUGAGAAAGGCUUGCAAACUUGUCCACGAUCAUUCCAUGACUGUUAUAAAUGAGCGAAGGACAGUUCUAAAUCUCCAACAAUUUCCUAAGAAACAAAGCUUCGAUGUUGAUGCUCUUUACAACAAAGUGUCACAGAAUAGGAAGUAUCUCGACUUUCUCGACAUUCUACUUACUGCUACUCAUGAAGAUGGAACUGGACUGUUGGAUGUGGAUAUUCGAGCAGAAGCAGACACGUUUAUGUUUGAGGGACACGAUACAACAACUAGUGGGAUGUGUUGGACUCUUUACUGCCUAGCUAAGCACCCAGAACACCAGGACAAGGUCAGGGAGGAGGUGAGGAGUGUGUUGAUGGACAGAAAUUUCCUUGACUACGAUGACCUCAAAAAUCUUAAGUACACACAGUGGUGCAUUAAAGAAGCUAUGAGGCUCUACCCACCCGUUCCAGAGAUUUACCGAAAAGUGUCUGAAGAUGUCAAACUCGAUGACUACACUAUUCCUAAGGGUACUCAAUUCUCAAUCCAAAUUUAUGCUCUCCACCACAAUCCUGAGUUUUGGGAAAACCCUGAAGUGUUUGAUCCCCUUCGAUUCCAUCCUAGCAAUGCUGACAAACGUGAUCCGUACACCUACAUUCCAUUUUCUGCUGGCCAUAGGAACUGUAUCGGCCAAAAUUUUGCACUGAAUGAAGAGAAAGUGGUUAUUGGCUCAAUUGUUAAUCGUUUUCACCUGACACUGGACAAAGCUAACGAAGUUGAGAUGAGUCCAAGAGUAGUGUUACGUUCAAAAUAUGAUAUCCUAAUGCAGUUGGAAGAAUUGAAGAAUUAAGUGAUCCAUGCAUGCAUGAAUACCAUUUGACUUAAUUUGUGCUUCAAACAAUUAUUGUACCGUACAUGCACUGAGCAUGAAGCAUCGCAUGUGUGUAAUCUUAAUGACAUCAUAAAGCACGUACCUUUUAUGCCUUUGUACAAUUACAGAUCUAUAUCCAUGCACCGUAAUAUUUUUGUACAACCACCCUUUUGCACAGCCAUGCACCCUUCACCAUUAUAGUGAACGCUUUUAAUUAACGUUGUAUAGCGGAA